AUGUCCUCGCUGCUGAAGGAGGACCUGGCCAAGAGGCUCUUCGGGCCGCGGCGGCUGCGGCUGCAAGAGUUCAUCGAGGUGGAAGGCUCGGGCGCGGAGCGCUGCUACCUGUGCGCCGCAGUGUCUAAAAGUGAAGAAGUAGAAAUAUGUAUGGUAAAACACUUUCGAGAUCGAGAAGAGAAAUAUGAAGUAGUUGAAGAGUGGUUUUUAAAAGAUCUGGAGAUGAUUGAUGGAAAAGAAGCAGAUACUGAUAACCCAUAUUUUGAUAUGCACUUCCACAAAGUCUACAGUAUGGAGGCAUACAGUUGUGCAUCUAAAUAUACCUUUGCUCGAACGCUAAGCAAUCUGAAUGAAACGUAUCUUAAAAAGGACUUGAAGAUUGUGAACUUUGAUAGCACCUACCUAAACGAUGAUUCGAUCUGGUCAUCCAACAAUAGGGAUUGCUUAGUACUUAUGAGAAUAUGCUUUUAUGCUUCCAACCUUUUAUGUCUCUCCUUGUGUCCUUUGUCCUGAAGAUGUAUUUUAUAACAUUAAGGGGACUGGUUGAUUUUUCUA